AUGGCCGCCGUCGUUAAGAAACAUCAGCAGCCAGCCGACUACGCCAGGAAACCCCAGCAGCGGCCGCCGGACCUCCGACAGGAGCCGUGGCUGGUGUACUCCCACGGCAAGAAGAACGACAAGAAGUCGUCGCAGACGUUCUACAGCCUGUCGGAGCCCGGCCGCGGAUACCACGUGCGGGGAAUCCCCGAGCUGCGGAACCAAAUCAUAUGUGCAUGCUCCCACGGCUGGUUGGUCCUGCUCGACCCGGUUCGAAGAGGCUGCGGCCUGCUCAACCCGGUGACCAUGGAGCGGAUCGGUCUGCCCGACUUGCCGGGCGAGUUCGUGGUCACGAAUUGCGCGCUCUCUUGCUCGCCGGAGGAAAGUGGUGGUGGUGGUUGUGUUGUUAUGUUUACUGAGAGGGAGAGGGGGAGCUUUGUUUAUUGUAGGGUUGGUGGAAAGGAGGAGGAGGGUCGUUAUUGGAGGAGGGAAGAGGUAGUGGAUCAAGGGAGUUGUGCUUGUGGUACUGAAGGAGGAGGAGGAGGAGGAGGAGAAGGUUUUAUGUGGUGUCAUGCAAUGGCUAGCCUUGGUGGUGAGUUCUAUGUCCUUACGAGCUGCUGUGAGAGCCUGUUCAAGGUCGAGUUCGUCGAAGAAGAAGUUCGAGCUGGAGGCUCUGACGAUGACGACGAUGAUGAUCAGGUUGACGAAUCGAUAAGGUUAGUAUAG